UUGGUCGAUCAGUUGGUCGAUCAGUUGGUCGAUCAGUUGGACGAUCAGUUGGUCGAUCAGUUGGUCGAUCAGUUGGUCGAUCAGUUGGUCGACCAGUUGGACGAUCAGUUGGUCGACCAGUUGGACGAUCAGUUGGUCGACCAGUUGGACGAUCAGUUGGUCGAUCAGUUGGUCGACCAGUUGGACGAUCAGUUGGACGAUCAGUUGGUCGACCAGUUGGUCGAUCAGUUGGACGAUCAGUUGGUCGAUCAGUUGGUCGAUCAGUUGGACGAUCAGUUGGUCGAUCAGUUGGUCGAUCAGUUGGUCAAUCAGUUGGUCGAUCAGUUGGUCGAUCAGUUGGUCGAUCAGUUGGUCGAUCAGUUGGUCGAUCAGUUGGACGAUCAGUUGCCCAACCAGUUGCCCGACUAG